AUGUCGGACUAUGACUGUCCGACAACCAGCGUUCAUAAUAUCAAGGAACAAGUGUGGUAUGGUGGUAUGUUGACGCGAAUCAAAUCUGAGCAAAUACUGAAGGAGGACGGCGAGUUUCUGGUUCGCGACUCAAUAUCGAUGCCUGGCGAAUAUGUGCUAACAGCCAUGUGGAAUGGAAGAGCUCUUCACUUCCAGAUCAACACCAUAUGCGAAAAUGGCAAAAAAGAAUUUCAUCUUGAAGAGGAGUCCUUCGCUUCGGUACCUGCGCUGGUGAAUUUCUACAGAAGUCAUAGACGUCCAAUAACGGCCGCUUCCGGAUGCAUCAUCUCUAAGCCAGUAUGUUGCGAUAAUGAAGUUGGUACAGUUCUGGACGGAAAAGAACUGGAAGCCAGCUACAUGCACGUUCUGAGGCCGCAAAUGAACCAGGUUCCACAACCAAGAUCGCUGUCUCAACGUGUGCUCUUGAAUCAAACGGCUCUUCGUCAAUACGCAGCUGCGCGACAGCAACGUCCAAAGUCCAGUAUUAGCCAACAUCAAAUCAGCUUAGCCCCAGAGACCGUCUUGGUACCACCUGUGCCAGCCGCACUGGUCAAUCGCCCACUUCCCCUGCCUAUCCGAUCUCCGAGGAAUACUCAAGAUGAUGAAGAAGAUUACUCAGAAAUGGAUUACGACGCCAUGGACGGGAUAUUAGAUGCGUCUUCGCUGUCAAGCACUGAUCGAGCAAGAAGUUCUAGCACGAGCUCUAUUCCGAAUGUAAUGUCACGGCAGUUUCAAUCAUGCCAGAAUCUCAGCUACCGUUCACAUUCCCCAUUCACGGUGGCAGCGAAAAUCCCUCCACCUCUUCCAGUGCGGCCUCCAUUGCCUCCACGUCCGAACUUCAAAAUGGACACGAGCACAGGUGUCGACGAAGUUGAAGUCGAGCACUCUCAAUCCGAGGACGCGAGGGACAGCGCUUUUGUCGACUAUGAUGAACCUCGAACGAAGCUCUCUGAUGAUGAUUACGAUAAGAUACGACCGUCGAGACCAUGCAGCUCUGAUCUCGAGAGGAAUCGUUUCAGCGGUUCAAGUGAUUGUGAUAGUGCCGAUAAUGGUGCCAGAGAUUCAAGAGAUUCCGGAAUCUACAGCUCUCCAUCUCCGCCAGAUGAGCACCACGCAUCUUUGUCGCAAGUGCAUCUCAUGCAACUGAAGCAGUUUCUACUGGCGAAACAAGCAGAUGAGAUCGCACUGGCGAUAUCGCAUGAGCACGCUAAAACACUUCAAUUCUUUGAAUCUCCUGUC